UUUUGGGUGUCUGGACGACGACUGCUCUCCUCCCUCAGCCCAUUCUACGCCAAUGUGUGCACCGGAGAAGAGCAAGAGCAAUCAUCAUCCUUGAGACUGACACAUUGUGUAUUUUAACAGUCAGAAUCAUGUCGUACUUCGAGACGAGCUUUUGGCCGAGGAGUCACUACCAAAAUAUGGAGAAAUCCAACGGCAACAUCUGCAAAUCGAUAUGCACAUCAAUAGUUAUUGGCUUCUUCAUGGCCCUCUUCGUCAUGUCCGUCUGGAACGUGAGUUUCCACCGUCCGGGUAAGAGCUAUGUCAUCCUCCUGGAUUCCUCCAGAGAAGUGGUCCACAGGACCUCCCCGAGGUUCCUCUCUUUCGGGCUUGACUCCUCGCUUCUGCGGGACAUGAAGAAUUUCCCGAUCCACGACGAGAGAUUCGUCAAUUUGGCUCGACACCUGAGCCCCGCCUUCGUCAGGAUCGGAGGAACCUCGGCGGACUGUCUCCUCUUCAAUGAAACUGUCCUUGGGGAUUCGGUGGCCAGGAGAAGUCCAGUUGACGGUGGGGACAUUAGUAAUUUCACACUGACUGACACUGAUUACUUGUCGAUUUAUGAUUUCACGAGAAAAGCAGGAUUGCGGAUGCUGUUCGAUCUGAAUGUGUUGAUUAGAACUCCUGAUAAUCAAUGGCAUGACUCAAAUGCUAGGAAAAUUAUAACUUUUUCGAAGGGACAGGAGAUGGAAAUAGAUUGGCAACUUGGGAAUGAACCAAACUCCUUCAACUUUGUUUUUGGUCGUGGGGUGCCUGCGGCACAACUCGGAAAGGAUUACAUCCACCUGAGAACGCUCCUAAACACUCUGGGGUAUGAGUCUAGCAUCCUAGUAGGACCAGAAGCGAAUCACAUCGGUGACCCCGAUGAUAAAGGGGUACAUUAUGCCACGGAGUUUCUAGAAAAUGACGGACAAAGUGUGGAUUUUGCUACCUGGCAUCAGUAUUACCUAAAUGGUCGUGAAGCUAAAGUUAUGGACUUCAUCAGUCCAGCGGUGUUCAAUCGCCUUCCUGCUGAGAUCAAUUCUUUCCAGCGGGGUAUUAACAGCUCAGGGAGGAAUGUCAAAAUGUGGCUGUCAGAAACGAGUUCUGCCUAUGGAGGAGGUGCUCCUGAGUUAUCUGACAGAUACGUAGCAGGAUUUUUGUGGCUGGAUAAACUCGGCUACUCAGCUAGUGCAGGAGUAAACGUGGUAGUUCGACAAUCCCUCUUCGGGGGUGAUUACGCCAUGGUGGCGCAUGAUCUCGUCCCUAACCCAGAUUGGUGGAUCAGUGUGCUCUUCAAGACCUUAGUCUCGGACAAGGUUCUGCACCUGGAGAGCGCCAACAACAACGGUACCUUGAGGUUCUACGCACACUGCACCUCUGAGAGCUCUCUUAUCAGUGGAGUACCUGCUGUUACGGUUUAUGGAGUCAAUUUGGAUGUUCACAGAGCUCAAAUCUUCAUCCAAGGAAGCUGGAUGAAGAAAAAUGCCAAAAUACUGCUGUAUAUUCUUACCGGAGACUUCUUAAAGUCCAGGGAAAUAAGACUGAACGGAGACGUCCUGAAGUUGAAGCCCGAUGGGUCUCUCCCCCCCUUCACGCCAGUGAUAAUAGAUCCCACGCAGAUAAUAACUCUUCCUCCCCUUUCGAUGGCAUUCAUUGUCACCCAUGGUGCAGAUAUACGUGCGUGUAUGCCAUAAUAAUAUUAAGAAAACCUAUCAAUCUAUUAAUUUCAGUAACACGUUUAUUUUCAAUGACAUCUCUCCAUAAUCGUGAUGAAAUUCCUAGUUACCAGACAGACGAGGCGCAUCUCAAUCCUAAUUAAUAUUGUAAUUCUCUCGUCGAUUUGUAAUACACUUAAAGUUACGUACGACUCUUCA